AUGGAUAUAGCAAAUAUAAAUUUUGAGAAUGGAUGGAAAAUAAUAAAAGAAGAAGCAAUUGAAAAAAUAGAAAAAUAUUUAGAAAAUGAUAAUAUUGAAAAAAAUAAAAAUUUAUUUAGUGCAACCGAAUAUACUAGAUUAUAUACAGUUGUAUAUAAUAUGUGUGCAAAAAAAAAUCCUUUUUGCUACUCUAAAGAAGUAUAUAGAAAAUAUGGAGAAAGUUUAUCCUUAUAUGCUGUUAAUAAAAUUAAACCUUUGUUAAAAAACGAAAACAAUUUAAUAAAAACAAAAAUUCUAAUAAAUGCUUGGAUUAAAUAUUCUUUUUAUACAAAUUGGAUGAAUAAAUUUUUACGAUAUCUUGAUCGUUAUUAUGUGGAAUAUAAUAGUUCAUUAUGCCUAAGCGCCUAUACAAAAAAUAUUUUCAAAAUUACAUUGUUUAAUGAUUUAAGAGACGGAAUUAAAGAUAUCGUUUACGAAAUUUAUGAUAAUUUAAGAAUGGAUGAAAAAAAGGAUGAAAAAAAACUAUUUUGUGAUUUAGUUCAUUUAUAUAAAGAGUUAGAUAAGGAAAGCAAUGAAAAGAUGUAUGAACAUGAUAUAGAGAAAAAAGUUAUGGAAAAUGUAGAUAAUUAUUAUAAAAAAGAAGGAGAUAGUUGGGUAAAUACAUUAAGUUUUGAUGAUUAUAUUAUAUCAAUUGAAAAUUCUGUUGAAAAAGAAUAUGAUAAAAAUAAAUCAUUAAAUUUAAAUGAAGAAACUUGUGAAAAAAUUACUAAUAUUAUAGUGAAACUUUUAAUAUUUGAUAAAUUAGAUAUAUUAUUGAAAAGUAAACAAAAUAUAUAUGAUUUAUUAAAAAAUAAUAAUUUACGAUGUCUUAGAAGAACAUAUCUUUUAUUUUCAUAUUUUCCUCAAGCUAUUGAAGGAUUGAAAAAAAUUAUAGGAGAAUAUGUUAAAGCAGAAGGUAACAAUUUAAAAGAAAAAUAUAUUAAGAUUUCAAAAAAUUUUAGUUACCAAAAAAAUAAUGAAAACGAAGGAAAUUUUCUUUAUGAAUCUAAUACCAAUAGCAAUAUUACAGAACAAAAAGACGAAAAUGUCUUAUGUGAAUAUAUAGAUGAAUUGAUAAAAUUGCAUAAUCAUUAUGAUAAUGUUUUUAAGUUAUCCUUUUUUAAUAUAUCAAAUAAUACAAUAGAUCAGAAUUUUAAAGAAUGUUUAAAAGAUUAUUUCGAAAGCUUUGUUGAAUAUGAGGAUGAGAAUUUUAGCACUGUAAAGCUGUUAGUUUUAUAUUCAGAUAAUGUAUUAAAAAAGGAUGUAAACUUAAAAGAUAAUGAUAAUUUUAAAAUUGAUUCAAAUGAUGAAAAUAAAGAGAAUAAAAUUCGAAAUGAAAUUAUUAUUGAAAAUCAUUGUAGUGACAAAGAUAAUAAGGAAGAAAACACAAUUCUGAUGAAAAAAAUGUCUGAUAUUGUAGAAAUAUUUAAUUAUACAAGUAAUAAGGAAACUUUUUUUGAAUAUUAUAGGGUUUAUUUAGCAAACAGAUUAAUUAAUAAUAUAUAUAUCUCAUUAGAUAUUGAAAAAAAAUUUAUUGAAAAUUUAUAUUACUUGUGUGGUUCACAAUAUACUUCAAAGUUAGGUGGUAUGAUUCAGGAUAUGAUAAAUAACAGAAAUAUGAAUAAAAAAUUUUAUGAUUAUGUUGAUAAAAAAUAUUCUAUGAAUUUAAAUGAGUUAAAUACAAAUGAUUUACAAGAUUUUUUUUCUGUAAAAAUAUUAAAUAAAGGAUAUUGGCCUACUUUAGAAAAAACAUCCAUAAAAUUAAAUAAUGACUUUAAUAAAUAUAUUGAAUUAUUUGAAGAAUAUUAUAAAUCUGACCAUAAAAACAGAAAACUAGAAUGGAUAUAUGAUUUAAGUGAAGUAAUAUUGGAAUAUUUUUUUAAUAACACUAUGUAUUAUUUAUAUUGUAACGUUGUAAAUGCCCAAAUUCUUUUAUUAUUUAACAAGUAUACAUUUAUAAAUUUUAACAUUGUAAAAAGAGAAUUGAAUUUAGAUUUGAAAUCUUUUACAAAUAACAUGUAUUCAUGUUUUUACAACUUUAAAAUUAUAUCUACCAAUGACAAUGUAGUUAAUUGGAGUUCAUCUGAUUUUUAUAUAAAUAAAGACUUUUCUUAUCAUCAUAAAAAGGUGUUUAUAAAAAAAACAACUACAUUAUUAUCAAAAGAACAUGAAAAAACUAAAGAAGAUAGAACAAUGGCAAUAGAAGCAGCAAUUGUUCGUGUAAUGAAAGUUCACAAGAAACUUUUUUACGAUCAAAUUUUCGAUUAUGUAAAAAGAUCAUUAUCUAGUUUUUCUCCUACCAAUCAAAUUAUUGAAAAGAAGAUAGACUUAUUGGUUGAAAGAGAAUACAUUCAAAAAGAAGAAAACAGUCAGGUUUAUUUAUAUAUACCAUAG